AUGCUGAAAACCUUACAGCCAACGUAUCAUGAUGCAGUGGAAAAGUUGAAUUCCACUCAGUCGGGAUUCAAGGUGCUAGAGGAAAGAAGGAGGCUUGGUGAAAAGCUGGAUAACACAGCUGUGGAACAGAUGAGAAAAUGGAUAUGCCGCGUUGGACAUGAUAUUAACGAUCUCAGCCGCCUGAAUGUCGUUCAUGUUGCGGGUACGAAGGGAAAAGGCACAACAUGUGCCUUUGUCAAUUCCAUUCUUCAGAGCUACCAACAAUCGGUUGGAGUUCCCCGUAAGAUUGGACUUUAUACCUCCCCUCAUUUGGGAGUGGUGAGGGAGAGAAUUCGAAUCAACUCUUCUCCGAUUUCAGAGGAGCAAUUUGCCAAGUACUUCUUCGAAGUCUGGGACGCCCUCGAAUCGAGUGCAGUUAGGGAAGGUCUUGAUCCCGCUCAUAAACCUACCUACUUCCGAUUCCUCACUCUGAUGGCAUUUCAUAUUUUCAUAAGAGAAGGUGUCGAUGCGGCUGUUUUUGAAGUCGGCAUAGGGGGUGAAUUAGACUCAACAAAUGUUAUUGCACAGCCAUCGGUGACUGGUAUCACGACCCUUGGAAUUGACCAUGUGACUACACUCGGCGAUACGAUCGACAAGAUAGCAUGGCAUAAAGCAGGAAUUUUCAAGACUGGCUCACCCGCCUUUACCGUUCCUCAAGUGCCUGACGCUAUGGAUGUCCUACAACAGAGAGCGAAAGAAAAGAAUACCGAACUCGUUACUAUUGCGAUCCACCCUGCCCUUUUCAAUAUUGACCUCAAGCCAGCAGAAGAUUUUCAAAGGACAAAUGCUUCCCUCGCUAUAAGUCUUUCACUUUCCUUGUUGAACCGACUCGGAGUUCAGGUGGACCUUGGCCUUGAAAAACUCCCCGAACAAUUCAUCAACGGUCUCAUGAACACAGUCUGGAGAGGAAGAUGUGAGACCCUUACAACCGGAAAGCAUGUUUGGCAUCUUGAUGGUGCACAUACAGAAGAAAGCUUGAAAUUAGCAGCCUCGUGGUUUGGGCGCGUCUCAAAAUCACAGUCAGUUCAGUCAAGGUAUGGACCGCUUUGCCACUUCCUCCUCGUGGUAGGUCUCCUCUGA